AAGCUCUAACCUUCCCCUUUCUAUCUCUUAAAUUCUAAAUCAGGUUCCUGUUCUCUUUGCUUGUUGAACGCAGUCGAAACCCUAGCGAUCAUCAUUCUGUGUUUGAAUUUUUUUUGUGUACCGAGAGAGCUCAGAAGAAAGAAAUGGCGACAUUCGAGCAAGCUCCACCCGGUGAUCCAAAGGCCGGAGAGAAGAUCUUUAAGACUAAAUGCGCCCAGUGCCACACCGUCGAAAAGGGCGCCGGCCACAAACAAGGACCCAAUUUGAAUGGGCUUUUCGGAAGGCAAUCUGGGACAACUGCUGGGUAUUCCUACUCUGCAGCUAACAAGAACAUGGCUGUGAUAUGGGAAGAGAAGGCUUUGUACGAUUACUUGCUCAAUCCGAAGAAGUACAUUCCUGGAACUAAGAUGGUCUUCCCUGGAUUGAAGAAGCCACAGGAGCGUGCAGAUCUCAUUGCCUAUCUGAAGGAUGCAACUGCCUGAUCUUCUUGAUUAGUAUGGAUAUUUAGCAAAUGAUUUGUGACAUUAGUUACUGUCCCAAACAAUUUAUUUUUUCGAAGGAAGACAAAACUAUCCACUUUUUGAAAUAAGAUGGAUUAAGGCUCAAAGAUGCUCUUUGCCAUAAGUGUUCAGAUGAGGAGGGGAAAAAAAUUUCUUUUGUAAGACCCUUUUCAUGAGGAAUUUCAUGAGCCUGUGAUAAUUUUUUUUUAUAGCCCAUACCAUCAACUGAUCUGUCUAUUCUGAUGAAAUUUUACAUUAUGAAUUUUGGUUUCUAUUA